GUUCCGCGACACCCCGUAUGUAUCGAAUCGCGCAGGACCAGCAACGCGGGAGGUAGUAGCGGAGCGGAGGAGUUUGGAUUUUGUGCUAGAACAUAAAAGUGGCGCGACACAAGCGAGGACGAGUGUUCUCCAGUCAAAACGCAGAUUUCCUCGUGGCUGCACCAUGUGCACAUCGCUACGGACGUUACCGUUACUUUGUGUCGUGCUGGCCGCGCUGUGCCAGUCGACGGUCCAGCUGAGGUUGUGGGACCGACUUACCGAAAGCCAAGAGGUCACUCAUGAUGUGCUCACGUCGCCGCGAUACAAAUAUAAGACCAAAACGUUCGAUGUGCGCGUGGAUCAUUUCAGCUUUGCUAUACAAGAUACAUUUAAAUUGAGAUAUCUCGUAAACGACACUUGGGCAGAAGCGGACAAUGCUCCUAUAUUUUUCUACACUGGAAACGAAGGCAGGAUCGAAGUUUUCGCAGAAAAUACGGGCUUUAUGUGGGAAAUCGCACCGCAAUUCGGCGCGUUAGUGGUUUUCGCCGAGCAUCGUUACUAUGGGGAAUCGCUGCCCUAUGGGAAUAGAUCCUUCGCAGACUCGCAGCAUCUCGGAUAUUUGACAACCCAGCAAGCUCUGGCUGAUUAUGUGGAUCUUAUCCAGUAUCUGAGAUCGCAGCCGAAAUACAAACGUAGCCCGACUAUAGUUUUCGGUGGCUCGUAUGGUGGUAUGCUCAGUGCUUGGAUACGCAUGAAGUACCCCCAUAUCAUUCAAGGUGCGAUUGCAGCCUCUGCGCCAAUUUUGCAGUUCUCUGGUUUUGUGGACUGCGAAGCGUUCAGCCGGAUAGCAACCUCGGACUUUCGGGCCUCAAAUCCAACGUGCGCGCAGCUCAUUCGGAAGUCAUGGAGUACAAUAACGAAUGUGACUUCGAAUGAUGAAGGCAAAAAGUGGUUAUCGGAUAGUUGGAAAUUCUGCGAGCCACUGAAAACCACGGAACACGUACAGGCGCUGAAAGAUAUUCUGUCGGAGAUCUACAUAAAUUUAGCUAUGGUCAACUAUCCUUACAAUAAUAACUUUUUAAUGCCGCUACCGGGUUAUCCGAUUAGCGUUUUCUGUCGACACCUAACAAACGCUUCGUUGACUGGUAAACCAUUAUUAUCAGCACUUUAUCAAGCUAUCAGCGUUUAUACCAACUAUACCGGUAAAGCAAGCUGCUUCUCUACAAAGACGGCGGAUAUGGAAUUAGACUCUAAGACAUGGGAAUAUCAAGCCUGCACAGAGAUGGUGUUGCCGAUAUGCGCUGAUGGUAUCAACGAUAUGUUCGAACCAGUGGAAUGGAACCUCACGGAUUAUAAUAACACUUGUUUCAAAAAAUAUUCUGUAUCAUCGAAACCUUAUCUGAUUUGUGAGGAAUAUGGUUGCAAGAAUUUUAGCAACGUAACCAACAUCAAUUUUAGUAAUGGAUUGUUGGAUCCAUGGUCGAGCGGAGGUGUGCUGCGUAAUUUAUCCUCAUCGGCGGUUGCGAUAUUGAUCCCAGAUGCUGCGCAUCAUCUCGACUUACGAGAAAGUAAUAGGAACGAUCCGUACAGUGUUACUUUGGCGCGCAAGUUCCAUAAGUAUUCCAUCAGGAAAUGGAUCGAGGAACAUCAAUAGAUUUUUAAAACUCGAUAUAAUAAAAGAAAAUUGCGGAGAAUUCAGAAAUAACUUGUCUGUGAUCGAAAUUCAUCUUUUUUAUUUCUCAAAUUAUAAAUACAAAAACAGGACACGCACACCGCGACAACAAUAAAUACUCAGGCGCUGCCGUGGAUCGAUUACUUAUAACAAAAUGUUUGCGAAAACUCAAUCGAAAACGUACGCGAAAAUAUUUCGGUAUCACAGUAAAAUAAUAAAUGCACAUAUCUCUUGGACAUUCUAAAAGAUCUACGAGAGAGUAUACAAUAUUUUUAGACAAUGCAAAAAUCUAAAAAAUAUUUAAGAAACACAUCUGAUCUAUAUCUUUCUGAUGUUUGCGUUGUCUAAAAUCUUUCGUCAUGAUUCUAAUAUCACUAUAGCACAUAAAGAUGGCUACUUUAUAAAAUAAAAAUGUAACGCUAUCGAGAUUAUUUGAUACUAAUAUUCGACAUUAAUCAUAAAUAUACGCGCUGUAUUCCUAAUUUAUCUCUUUAUCGUUUUUAAUGUUUUAAAAUUUCUUAUGCCAAAUUUAUUCGAAGAAAUCAUGAUAUUGAUAUGAAUCAUUAUAUAAGCAAAUGAAGGUGCUGAAGAUAUACGGAUUUCUAAAAUAAACUUAUUUAAAAGAA